UCCCGACCGUCCUCCAGCAGCGUCUCCGUCGAAGUAAGAAUGAUCUCGCGCGUGUCUCGAGUGGCGCUCCGCAGCGCGGCCGCGCGCCGCACGGGUGCGAACGGCCUGCGCCUGAGCCAGUUGGCCCGUUUCUCCGAGGAGGCGGCCCCCAAGGUGCCCGCCACCGCCGAGGAGGAGCUGGCGCUCACGCCCAAGGUGCAGACCGUGCUGGACCAGAUCCUUGAGCUCAACAUGGUCGAGAUCGCCGAGCUCUCGCACGCCAUCCAGGCCAAGUUCGGCAUCGCCGAGUCCGCGUUCCAGGUGGGCAUGGGCGGCGGCGCUGCCGGCGGCGCGGCCCCCGCCGCCGAGGAGGCCAAGGAGGAGAAGACGGCCUUCGACGUGAAGCUGGCCAGCUUCGACGCCAAGAGCAAGAUUAAGGUUAUCAAGGAGGUGCGCGCGAUCACCGGUCUGGGCCUGAAGGAGGCCAAGGAGCUCGUGGAGGGCGCCCCCAGUACAUUAAAGAAGGACGUGAAGAAGGAGGAGGCCGACGAACUCAUCGAGAAGCUCAAGGCGGUGGGCGCGGUCGUGGAACUGGAAUAGAGCUCGGGCGUUCGUGUCUUCCGCGGGGCAGGCGCCGGCCUUCUUUGGCGCCCCCCGGCGGUGCAGCCCCAACAGUUAGCAGCGUGUUUGGUGUC